AUGGUUGAACCCGACCCACUCGUACCUCCUUUGAGAUUCAGCACCGUCCAGCCACAGUUACACCGUGGCGGUUACCCUCGGCAAAUCAAUUUCCCCUUUUUGCUGAGUUUAAACCUCAAAACAAUCAUAUCAUUAACUCCUGAGGCGAUAACUGAAGAUACUGAUAAAGCUCUAUUCGAGUUUGCACAGCAAAGAAAUAUCCAGCUUGUACACCUAGAAUGUGCCCAAUCCGGUAAGGGUAAGAAACGUGGGGUGCCCAUGGGUUAUUCCACGGUUCUAGAAGCGUUGGAUUACAUGAUCCACCUGGAGAAUGCUCCCGUAUAUGUCCAUUGCCUCAAUGGAGGUCAAGUCACCAGUCUUGUCAUUGCCUGUCUUCGAAAAUUGCAAUUCUGGUCGUCCAUUGCCAUAUUCAACGAGUUUAUCAACUUUACCACCAGCAUAACAUUAAAUGAUAGAAGCUUUGUGGAUGGCUUCAGGGGCGAGAUCAGCGUGCGAUCCAAAAACAAGUGUGAUUGGCUCUGGGAAGGCUUGAGUAAAGGCAUUGUGGGCAGCCAUCCUAAUAUCAAGGUCACCGAAACAGAGCCCGCAGGUUCAUCAACCUAG